AUGCUUUUUUCUCUAUAUACUUUCUCCAUUCUUUUUGCAUUUUCCAUAUGUUCUGAUGAGACUGCAAUGACAAACCUGGAAAGCCAAGAAAAAUAUGAUGACUUGUUUGAGUCCAGAGAAGAUUUCCAUAAUCAGAGAAAUGCUAAUUCUGCUGAGUAUCGAUAUUGGAGACCCAACAGUGUAAGUGAGAUGAGUGCCCCUAUAAUGAGUAAGUAUAGUAGCGUGCCAAUACAACUGGAUAGAGAAUUACUUGAAGAAAGAAGCCUAAAGCCUGCUGCAAAUCUGCCCCUACGAUUUGGAAGGGCAUCUGAUGAGAAGAUAGUGAAGAGCUUUCCCAACCUACCGCAGCGAUUUGGGAGAUACCUAUCUGGCAAGGCCAACAUCCAGUCAGUGGCUAACUUGCCCCAGAGGUUUGGAAGGUCACAAUAUGGCGGAAAUUUCCAUCAGUCUCUUGCUUCAUUACCACUCCGCUUAGGAAGAGCAACACGUCUCCAAAGACUACAAUAUAAACUGAGCUCCCAUCCACUAAAAGUGAAAAACUCUGAUGUAGAUGACAGAAGAGAGGCGGCAACAUAUGACUAUGAGCACGAUAUUCAGAUAUAGCAGUUGUUACCUGUGGAUCGUGCCCACACAUGAGUGGCAGCUGCAGGAUACCAUGGCAGCUGCAGGAUACCAUAGCAGCAUAGAGAACCCAUCAUCUAUGAGACUGUAUGCUUUCUUCACAUGGCCACAAGCUUUGCACACAGUUGUGUAAUCGGGUUCUUGUUGGAUGUAUGAACCACGGUCUGACCUGAAUAACAGCAAUCAACGUGCGAAACAAAGUGAACCUCAGCUGUAAACACAUAUUUACUUGAGCCAAAAGUAAACUUCUUAUAUAUUGUACUUGAAAUAAAAUGAA